AUGCCUCUCAAGCCCUUUCUCUUUUCCGCUCUGGCCACUCUCGCCUCGGCCUCUCCGCUGCUCUAUACACGGACGACCAAUGAGACUUUCGUCUUCACCAAUGCCAAUGGCCUCAACUUCACCCAGAUGAACACCACCCUGCCCAAUGUGACCAUUUUCGCAACGGGUGGUACCAUUGCCGGCUCUGACUCCAGCUCAACAGCCACGACCGGCUACACCUCCGGAGCAGUCGGUGUCCUGUCCCUCAUCGAUGCAGUUCCGUCCAUGCUGGAUGUGGCCAAUGUCGCCGGCGUGCAGGUGGCCAACGUAGGAAGCGAGGAUAUUACCUCCGACAUCUUGAUUUCCAUGUCCAAGAAGCUGAACCGCGUCGUGUGUGAGGACCCGACCAUGGCCGGCGCCGUCAUCACCCACGGCACCGACACCCUCGAGGAAACUGCCUUCUUUCUGGACGCCACCGUCAACUGCGGCAAGCCGAUUGUCAUUGUGGGUGCUAUGCGCCCGUCCACGGCCAUUUCGGCGGACGGACCCUUCAACCUCCUCGAAGCUGUGACGGUGGCUGCCUCUGCUUCGGCGCGCGAUCGCGGUGCCAUGGUCGUCAUGAACGAUCGCAUUGCCUCGGCCUACUACGUGACAAAGACAAAUGCUAACACCAUGGACACCUUCAAGGCCAUGGAGAUGGGCUAUCUCGGCGAGAUGAUCUCGAACACCCCUUUCUUCUUCUAUCCGCCCGUCAAGCCAACCGGCAAGGUGACCUUUGAUAUUGCCAACGUGACUGAGAUCCCCCGCGUGGACAUCCUGUUCUCCUAUGAGGACAUGCACAACGACACCCUGUACAAUGCCAUUUCCAGUGGUGCCCAGGGUAUUGUGGUUGCUGGUGCCGGUGCUGGAGGCGUCACGACCCCCUUCAACGAGGCCAUCGAGGACGUCAUCAACCGUCUGGAUAUCCCCGUCGUGCAGAGUAUGCGCACUGUCAACGGGGAAGUGCCACUGUCGGACGUGAGCAGCGACACGGCUACCCACAUCGCCAGUGGAUAUCUGAACCCGCAGAAGUCGCGCAUUCUGCUGGGAUUGCUGCUAUCUCAGGGAAAGAAUAUCACCGAGAUUGCGGAUGUCUUUGCUUUGGGCACGAAUGCGUAG